CCGCGUGUAAAAGUCAAGCUAUUCCUCUCAUCAAUCAUGGCUUCUUCGGUAGCCUGGGUUGUACGGUGGACCCAGUUUGUGCUGUUCCUAUCGUUGUCAGGCGUCUCUGUUCACGAAAUUAACGGGCAGUACUUGUACUGUCCCGCCCUCUGCACCUGCUUGGAAGAGUUUGUUGACUGCGGACGCAGAGGGCUCACCACCGUACCCCAAGACCUACCCACCUGGACGAAACAACUAGAACUCCUCCGGAACAAAAUCAAGAGGCUACAGGCCGACGCUUUCCUCACAACGAGAUCGCUCCAAUCACUGAAUGCAACCAAUAACGAAAUCCUAGAAAUUGAGCCUGAAUUGUGGUUACACACUCCGCAUCUGAAAUUCAUCCGCUUGUCCAACAACUCAUUGACGUCGCUACCAGAGGGUCUCCAUCGCCUCAACGAAUUAGAAGAGCUGAUCUUGAACAAUAAUGAUAUCUCACUUCCGUCGACCCUUAAUGUAUCAGAACCGUCGGAACACCCGCUCCCCCACUCGCUGAUUCUGCUGGAUUUGAGCGUGAAUCGCAUUGAGGCAUUCGAUUCUGCUUGGUUUGGACAUUUGAGCCGGUUGCAAACCCUUAAUUUGCAACGGAACCGCAUAAGCGUACUAGAUCGAGGCAGCCUGGACAAUCUUACCUCGCUGAGAAGUCUGAAUCUCAGCAGGAAUAGGUUGGGAAAGUUGCCGAGAGAAUUGUUCAGGAAAGAAAACCUGCAGCUUCGACGAUUAGAUUUGAGCCGGAAUCAACUGACCGUUAUCGAGGGACUGACCUUCCAGAACUUCAAAAAAUUAGAAAUCCUCAAUCUUCGGAAGAAUAGAAUUUCCGUCUUGUCGGACGGAGCUUUCUACGGUCUCGACAACAUACAGCAACUCCAUUUAUCAUUCAAUCAGAUCACGGUAUUCGAUCGGAGUUGGCUGUACGGACUCAAGGCGCUACGUCAGCUUUUUGUGCAAAACAAUUCGGUCGUUCAAAUCAGUCCGUCGUCGUUCGACUAUUGCGAAUCCCUACAGGAGCUGAACUUGGAAUACAACAAUAUCGAGGCGAUUCUACAACAGUCGUUCGCCAAUCUGAACACUAUCCAAGUCAUCAAUCUGAGUCACAACAACAUCAGCUUCAUCGAGGAGUUCUCCUUCAAGGGUCUGCAGACAUUGCAGACGCUCGAUCUUAGUCACAAUGAUCUUACGUGGGCCAUCGAAGACACGAAAUCGCCUUUUCAGGGCCUGAACAGGCUCACGCGCCUCGGCUUGGCCAACAAUUCUCUCCAGGCAUUACCAGCCAAGGCGUUCGCGGGCUUGUCUAAGGUCCAAACGCUUGAUCUUGAUCUCAAUCCAUUAUCGACUAUAAGCAAGGACGCUUUUAGUUUGCUCAAAAAGAUCUCCAGCCUGCAACUGAACACGACUGAGCUACUCUGCGACUGUAGUCUCAGCUGGCUACCCGGAUGGCUGAAGUCCAACAGGCUCGACAAGCAAGUUCACGCCACAUGUGGCUUCCCGGUCGAACUCAGAGGAAAAUCCAUAUUCUCGGUUGAACGUGACCAGUGGACCUGCGGAGUGCUGUCGACUCCAGUCAUUCUCGAAUCUCCGACAGGCCUGCAGGCUCUGAAAGGACACAACGUUAGUCUGUUGUGCAAAGCUACUAUGAACACGACGGUCGACGCUUCGGUGAUCAACUUCGAUUGGAGAAGAAAUCUCCACAUAGUUAGAGACAAACUUCUAGUCGAGAACUUCGCCACGACCGAUGAUCGCAACCGGACCGUAUUCACCUCGAAACUCCACCUGAGGAACGUGCAAGAUGAGGAUGAGGGCAGAUAUCAAUGCAUCGCCAGGAACCGAUUCGGAUCCUCGUACUCGAACAAAAGUCGGGUCCUUGUGCACGUCGCGCCUGAGUUCAUCAAAACGCCUCCACCCCGGAUAAGCGGCGUGGCGGGUGAAAGCGUGGUGUUGGAGUGUACGGCGACUGGGCAGCCGAAACCGGUCAUCUCAUGGAAGAAGGAUGGAGGAGAUGAUUUUCCUGCAGCUCGUGAGCGACGUAUGCAACUGAUGAAAAGUGACGUUGUCUUCUACAUCGAAAAGCUGAAACCAGUCGAUGAAGGGGUCUACACCUGCACUGCGAAUAACUCUGCUGGACCCGUGCGGACCAACGUCACAUUAUCAGUUCAAGAAGCUCCUCAAGUGCAUCGUCCUUUGCCGCCGAAGGAUGUUCGCGAAGGGGAAAUGGCUGUCCUGGAGUGUCUUUCUGAUGGAAUCAGUACUACGCGUCGUCGUUGGUACAAAGACAGACUUCCCCUAGAAGAAACUGACAGACAUAUUUUCGCUAAGGAGCAGGCGGUCCUGCUUAUCAGGCUCGCUAAUCCGAAGGAUUCGGGAAUCUACGCGUGCGAAAUGACCAACGACACUGGAACGCAACGCGAAGUUCUCCUACUCAAGGUGAUACCGUCGGAAGCACCGACAAGUUCCUUGUGGCCUCUGGGGAAACUCAACACGGUGGAGAUUGUUAUUCUCGCAAUGGUUUUGUGCGGAGUAAUCACUUCGCUCCUUUGGGUGGCGUGUUUGCUGGCAACUAGAAAAUCCAAGAGUCCUGUUCUCGCCGAAUACUCAUCAUCGAGCGGGCCACCCAACGAUCGCUUCUCGAGCGGCGUCACUCAGUCGGUGUACGGAGGGAAUUGUUCAGCGGAAGACGACGAGGACGAAGAAGACAGUGUUUCGGCUGCUGGUGAGGUGCACGGUGUCAGUACUCGCCUUCUCGUAGACGAUAGUACCCGGACCGUCAUCAACAUGGCUUCGGGUCGAGCUUAUUUCAUGAAAGAAGAUUUAGCUGACGACGAUGAGGGUAUCUCUUCGGGCGGAUCAAGCUCUACAUCUCACCAUGCAACGCCGGCACAUCACGCGGCUUCAACGGCAGCCAUAGCUGCCGGACAUCGUGUGAGUACUUUUCAGCCCGAUCCGCCCGGCCACUCACGCCGAAGUUCGAGCAGUCUGGCCAGCGUCGAGGUUCAUGCGCCAUCCGUGCCCUCGGCAUCGGCUUCACGAGGCUCUGAAGCGCCUUCGCCUAAGCCCGCACUGCCCCGCAAGCCUCCCCAUCUCAAAACUCAAGUGAUAAUGAAGAGAUUACAACGAGAUAGCCUCGGAGGACUGGACGCGGAGGAUCCCGAGCUCAUUGAGAUCUCCCGGAGAUGUCAAAGAACUCUCUCGCAGAGAAGCAUAAACGGUCAAUUGAGGAACUCGACCUUGACGCCGAGCAGAUUACAUCUCGACGUCAAUUCCUAUAUGGAUUCUCCGGAUCUAGUCCUUGGCGGAAGCGUGACAAACACUGCCACGAUCCGGCGUACCCCAGGUCCGCGGUCGCCUUCCCCGAACACUGUUGUCCCAGUUCCUCCACCCUGCAUCCCAGGUCCGUUCUGUUACGAGAGCGGGCCCGAAGGCGGACUCAAAAGUCGUCCUGCCACCCCAAAGAGGACUUCAACACUCGAGCCCUCGGACGAUCAGAAGAAUCUGAAGCCGUUCAGCUACGGUAAUCCGUUCGAGAACAAGCUUUCAGGAAAGAGUCCGAUUGGGGGCGAAGCAGAAGACGGCCCGAAAACCUCAACACCGAAACGGAACAUCAACCUCUUGGCACUCGCGAGUGACACCGAACGACCGCGAAUCAACGGCGAGCAACAGACUCAACAGUCGCCGAUUCAUCACAAGUCAGACAUCGAUAGUGAAAGCAAAGGUCCACCCAAAAGGGCGCCCCCUCCUCCUCCCCCGCCUCCGCCGCCCCCUCCCCCACCGUCAAACCAAUCUAGUCAGCAUCUUACUCACUCGCCUUCGGCGACUACCCCAGUAAUUGUUUAG